GAGACCGCGGACGAUGCCAAUCGCAAUUUGGCACUGAACCGAUAUUAUUUCAGUAUUCCUGUUAGUAAACUCGUUGGAACCUUGAAUAAAGACGUGUUUUCCCUCGCUGGGCCCUCAAUACAGUUUGCAUGAUUCCCACGUGUCGUAAAUGAAAACUUUGGGCAUAGGAGACGGACCAGUGAAGCGAGACGUGUUCUACUUCUGUUUGUUAGUUAUUGGACUGUGGUUGGAAGCGAAGAGUUUCUUCUGGAGACGACCCAUUUAUCAGGCCCCAGUAGACACCUCAAAGAAGCCCAUCGUAUGGAUCCUGGGCGGUCCCGGCUCGGGCAAGGGCACGCAAUGCGAGAAGAUCAUCGCCAAGUACGGGUUCACGCACCUGUCCACCGGCGACCUGCUGCGCGCCGAGGUCAAGAGCGGCUCCGACCGCGCCAAGUGCCUCACCUCCAUUAUGGAGCGGGGUGAGCUGGUCCCCAACGACGUAGUGCUGGAGCUGCUGAAGGAAGCGAUCAUCGCGCACGCGGAACAGGCCAAGGGCUUCCUGGUGGACGGCUACCCACGCGAGAAGUCGCAGGGCAUCGCCUUCGAGAAGACCAUCGCGCCAGUUACGGUGAUAAUCUACUUCGAGGCGUCCUCAGAGACGCUGACUAAGCGCCUGUUAGGCCGCGCGGCGAGCUCGGGCCGCGCCGACGACAAUGAGGACACCAUCAAGCUGCGCCUCAAGACCUUCCUGGACAACAACGAGCAGGUCCUGUCGCAGUACCCGGACAAACUUAGGAGGAUAAACGCGGAGACGUCAGUGGACCAGAUCUUCGACGAGGUGCAGAAGAUCCUCGACCCCAUUGUAGCGAAGGCGGCCGCAGCCAACUGAGCGAGCUUUGCUUUAGACAAUCUGUACAUAUUAAUGAUAAUUUUAACUAUUUAAUUAAAAUGUUUUUAUUCUGUUACUACC